CCUCGGCGCUUAGCCACGCCCCCUGGCUCCCCCCGGACGUACUACCGGUUAGCGGAGCUGCCUGCGGAUGUGUGAUGCAAUCAGCUCGGACCUUCCUAUGCGUGUGUUCUGAGACACCGGGUGCCUGAGGAGUCGCCUGCGCUGUGGAUUUACGCCUAGUGGACCUAGUGGAUAAAUGGCCACCGCUGCGCCCCCUCCAGCCGCAGGCUCCACCGCCGCCGCCCCCGAGGACUCGAACCCGGGACCGAGCAGCACCGGCGGCUCCACUUCGACCGAAGGGGGCAACCAGGACAGCACCUUUGAGUGUAAUAUCUGUCUGGAUACAGCCAAGGAUGCAGUGAUCAGCCUGUGCGGACACCUCUUCUGUUGGCCCUGUUUGCAUCAGUGGUUGGAGACCCGACCCACUAGACAAGUGUGUCCUGUUUGUAAAGCCGGCAUCAGCCGAGAAAAAGUAAUUCCCUUAUAUGGCCGGGGAAGCACAGGUCAACAGGAUCCCAGAGAGAGAACACCACCGAGACCACAGGGGCAGAGGCCCGAGCCAGAAAACCGCGGCGGGUUUCAGGGAUUCGGCUUCGGAGAUGGGGGUUUCCAAAUGUCGUUUGGAAUCGGUGCCUUUCCAUUUGGCAUUUUCGCCACAGCUUUCAACAUCAAUGAUGGACGACCCCCUCCAGCAGCCCCGGGGACACCCCAGCACACGGAUGAACAGUUUCUGUCUCGACUCUUCCUGUUUGUCGCUCUGGUGAUUAUGUUUUGGCUCCUGAUUGCAUGAAAGCAAGAAAAUACCUUUUAUUAACACUGAGCUGUUGACAGAAUUGGUUCCAUCUUGUAUUGUUUGUUACAAAUUGUUUUUUUUUUUUUUCCCUCACACUGACAGGAAGUGAUGUAAGUAAGGCAGGUUUUUCUAGAUGAAUGAUAUUUAAGCUUUUCGCUGAACCACUUGAUCUCAGUGGCCUUAUGUUGAAAUAUUCACACUGCAAUAUUGGGUGCUUGAAAAGCUCCUCUUGACUAACAUUCACUAAGAUGUUGACUUCCACUCAUACGUUGUGUUUAAGUGGUUGUGUCAACGGAUGUGUGCUGAAAAUCUGAAGACAGCCUGGAAAGUUUGAAAUUGACUUUUAGAAAGUGAAAAUCUGCUGCACAGAAACAACUUGCUUAAUUCUUACAAAGAGCUUCCUCAUUGAUCGAUUAGACAUGUCCAAAAUUACUCUCCGUUCGCCCGUUAGCUGCUUCCUAAAUGACAAAAAUUAUUUGAGUUAUUGCCGAUAUGGGGCUUUUCUGUUGAGUCCAAACUUAAAAUAUAAAAGCAAUAUGGCUCACGGGAAAGCAGGGGAUGGUUUUGGACACAAUAAUGUUGUAUUAGUAAUGACGUUUGUAAACGAUAAAUUCAGUAAACAAAGUUUUCUUCAAGUUGUAAAGUAAGUGAAUGAGAGCAGGUGGAAGAUUCAUUCAUGAAGCAGUGUUCCUCUCCAAACUACAAUCUUUAAUUAUGUUCCCUUUCCCGUGUCACUGUAACUAAAUGUAAAAUACUGUAAUUACUACAGAGGUGGGAUGAAGACAGGUUGUACAUGAAACAAAUGUGAAAUCACUCUAAAUCUAUGUAAAUGAAGAUGUCUGUUAGCUGUCUGGUUUUCUAUUAAAGUUUAAAUCAGUUUGGACUUUAUUGCUUUGUAAGUCGAUUUUAUCUAAUAAAUGCACAAAUUAAGACA